ACCUGCCUAGUGCGCGUGUGCCCUCUUCUCCUUCGUCUAUCCACUCCUUUCUUUGCUCAGUGAAAGGAAGUUCAUCCUCUUUCGCUCCUGUUUUUGAUUCAUAUUCUUGUUCAGAUUCGUCGGAAGGAACAAAUGAUUUACAAGUAAGAUAAAUUAUGGGAUUCGAUGAAAAAUGAAUGUGAUUCUUUGCAGCUUCCUCGUGACGAUAUUGAGCUGAAAAGAUGCGCUUUUUAACGGAUCCGUUUCUCUUAUAACCUCUCCUAUGAGACUUAUUUCCUGCCAUAUUGCUCCAAAGUUUGAGCGAGUUAGAGCUGCAUGCGGAUGUUAUCAGCAUAAAAAUUUGAUCUUGGUGGCUCGUUGAGUCUGCUUCCGUGUGUCAACUAGUCAUGGGGACAGAGUUUGCAGAUGGGUUAGGCAACUAGAAAAUGCCAUGCUUUCUCUUCCUGCAUAGCAUCUAAGAUUUGUGGCUCUAUACCUGCUUCAAUGGCUUCCGAAAGAUACAGUUCCUCAUAUUAUACAAAGCAGUUUUUUACUUUACUCUUGUUGUUCGUAUUUAGCUUCCAGCACAAUACUGUUGAGUGCCAGGGAAGGUUGAAUGAGCAGAACUAUUCAGAAUCAGGGAUUGCGUAUCCAUCAAGCCCUUCACAAGACAGGGAAGACUUCCGCAAAAUUAUCGUAAGCAUUGUUCUAGGAGGAGUCACUGGAUUUGUUGGCUCCGUUUUGUUUGCUCUUAUAGUUCGUUGCUUUGUUCAGUAUUUGAAUCGAACCCCAAUACUCAAGGGUCCUGUCAUAUUUUCCCCGAAAAUUUCUCCCAAGACACUCCAAUCAGCUUUGGCAAAAGAAAACCAUUUACUCGGUUCAAGCCUAAACGGCAGAUGUUACAGAACGGUGCUUGACAAUGGGCUCACAAUUGCAGUCAAGAGUUUAACGACAUUUGAAAGCGGUUCACCAGAGAUUAGGAAAAAAAGGGUUAAAAGAGAAAUACAGAAGGAGCUGGAAGUGCUUGCUAGUCUAAGACAUCGGAAUUUGAUGAGCUUACGGGCCUAUGUUCGGGAACCUGACAGUUUUUCCUUGAUUUAUGAUUAUGUAGCAAAGGGAAGCCUUGCUGAUGCAAUGAACAGGGCUAAGGAAAGUGAGUUGCCGCUUGAUUGGGAUGUUAGGCUGAGGAUUGCUAUUGGGGUGGUUAAGGGGCUUCAGUAUCUUCAUUCUUCUUGUGUUCCUCAGAUUCUGCACUACAACCUCAAACCCACCAAUGUAAUGUUGGAUUCUGAGUUUGAACCUAGGUUGUCUGAUUAUGGAUUGAUUAAGCUUCUACCCAACUUGAAUAGAGCCACAUCUCCCUACACUCCCCCCGAGUGCUUCCAUAAUUGCAGCAGGUACAGUGACAAAAGUGACAUAUUCAGUUUUGGGAUGAUCUUGUGUGUAUUAUUAACGGGAAGGGACCCAGGAGAUGGAUUCUUUGAAGAAGCAGAGGACGGAGGGAGCAUGGGAUGUUGGCUAAGGCAGCUGCAGCAAGCAGGAGAUGCCAAGGAAGCGCUGGAUAAGAGCAUAAUCGCUAGAGAAGGGGAUGAAGACGAUAUGCUUAUGGCCGUUAGGGUAGCCGCGGCGUGCCUCUCAGAUUUGCCUGCAGAUAGGCCUUCCAGUGAUGAGCUUGUUCACAUGCUAACGCAGCUUCACAGUUUUUAAUUCUUCACUCACUAAAAUAGCCAAAUAUGAUAGGGUAGGACGAUCGGAAUUGAGUUAAAACAAAUAGGCGUCUCUCCUCUCUCCCUGCUCCCCUUUUUUUUUUUCCUGGUUUUUGUUUUUGCUGAUGACGAAAUCAAUCAUCCAUUGUGGUGUAACCGAUCGAUUUGGGGUUAUCUUGUUUACUUGUGUUGAAUUUCGGAUU